GACGGGCAAAUCCAUCAUCUCGCUCGUAAACCUCGUCACGAUGAUCGGACCGUAUCUCGCUGACUGGAAGUACGUUCUAGUUGCGUUAUCCCAUCUCCCUUCAUUUCCCUCGUGUUCUUCCCUCCCAAACCCUAUUAGCUAACCAUCCCCAAAAGUGAAACACACAUCUACAACCCCAAUUGGCCCCCACACGCACGCUACCACAACGGCCAAACAAUGUCCAUGGGCCUCUUCAUCGGCCUAAUCACAUGGUACACUCUGUACUUCCUGCUACCCAGCAUUCAGUCCCCUCUUCUCCAACUGGCGCAUUUGCACUGGGUCGUGGUGCUGCAGAGCUUGAUUUAUAUUUCGAGUUUGACGGGUAUUCUGUAUCCCGGCGCCCUGUGGAUGGAUCCGCAGUUUGGCGAGGGCAGUCCACAACUUUAUGGGUUCCCGGUUUUUGUGGGACUUGCGUGGGUGGGGUGGUAUAUUGAGAGGCAACGGCUACUGCGAGUAGUGCUGAAGAGGACACAAUAGUCUUUAUUAUCGCAAGGUUGACGAUUUUGGUAAUGAGAUAGCAGGGUUGGAGGU